AUGUAUCAAUAAGGACUGUUUGUGUCCUUGUAAAAUCUGAAUUUGAGCUUAUGCGACAUCAUUAGCAAAGAAGUUUGGCUGGAUUUAGAACUGAAAAAUAUUUUGCACUUAGUUGACAAUAUAUUGUGUCAGAGGUAAUACCUAUUUUAUAAAAGUAUAAUUGGAAAAAAAUAAAAAUGCGGUUGA